GAGGAGGAGGGAGUGAGAGAGGAGGAGGAAAGAGAGGAAGAGGAGGAGAGAAGGAGGAGAAAAAAAAAGGAAUGUCGGAACAGAUCCUCCGCCGCUUCUUCCUUCCCGGCGCGUGUAAACAAUAAGAACAACCAACCAACCAACCAGCCAGCGAGGAAAGGGGGAAAAAGGCAACCGAGAAGGAGAAAGGGCCGUCCGGCCAAAAGGGCCAAGCGAGGCCCGGCGCCCUCGGGGCCCACCGCCUCCUCCUUCUCCGGGGCCGCUGUUGCUGUUGCUGCUGCCGCCGGCCGGCCUUCGCCUUGCAUGGCGGGGCUGCGCUCGCUGGGGGUGAGCCUCUUCUCCGACCAGGGAGGCAGGAAAUACAUGGAGGACGUCACCCAGAUCGUGCUGGAGCCCGAGGACGACGGGGAGGAGGAGGAGGAGGAGGGCAGCGCCGCCGGGAGAGCAGCCGCCGCGGGCCCGGCCGGGACGCAGAGCCAGCCGCCCUCGGUGGCCUUCUUCGCCGUGUGCGACGGGCACGGCGGCCGGGAGGCGGCCCACUUCGCCCGCGAGAACCUCUGGGCCUUCAUCAAGAAGCAGAAGAGCUUCCGCUCCGCCGAGCCGGCCGCCGUCUGCGCCGCCCUCCGCAAGGGCUUCCUGGCCUGCCACCGCGCCAUGUGGAAGAAGCUGCCUGAAUGGCCGAAGACCAUGACGGGUCUCCCGAGUACUUCAGGCACGACAGCCAGCGUGGUAGUAAUCCGUGGUUCAAAGAUGUACGUGGCUCACGUGGGCGACUCGGGCGUGGUUCUUGGAGUCCAGGAUGACCCGAAGGACGACUACGUCCGGGCCGUGGAGGUGACGCAGGAUCACAAACCUGAGCUUCCAAAGGAGAGGCAGCGGAUUGAAGGCCUCGGGGGAAGUGUGAUCAACAAAUCCGGUGUGAAUCGGGUGGUUUGGAAACGGCCUCGUUUGAGUCACAAUGGUCCCGUCCGACGAAGCACGGUUAUCGAUCAGAUUCCCUUCUUGGCUGUGGCUCGAGCCCUUGGUGAUCUAUGGAGUUACGACUUCUACAGUGAGUUUGUGGUUUCUCCAGAACCGGACACGAGUGCCACGCUGGAUCCUCAGAAGCAUAAAUAUAUAAUUUUGGGGAGCGAUGGACUGUGGAACAUGAUCCCGCCCCAGGAAGCUAUCUCCAUGUGCCAGGACCACGAAGAGAAAAAGUAUUUUAUGGGAGAACACCAACAAUCCUUAGCCAAAAUGCUUGUCAAUCGAGCCCUGGGCCGGUGGAGGCAGCGUAUGCUUCGUGCCGAUAACACUAGCGCCAUCGUCAUCAGUAUAUGUCCCGGCGAAAAUUCUCGGAGCGGCUGUCUGCAAAACGAGGAGGAUCUGUGCUUCAACUUGGCUGAAGGACCCUCGUACAGCAGCCCCGAAACCUGGACGAUCGCCUCUUCGCAAUGCUCAACUCCGUCAUCCAAGGUCGUAGAAGAUGACUUGUGGCCCCGGUUGAGUUCCUCGGAAGGCCUCCCUUUAUUCUCCUGCAGCAGUGCUGUUGUGUCGGGCAGAUUUCCGGAACAAGUUGAGGAGCUGACGAAGGACCAUGACGGUUUGGGAGCCGCUUGUUCGAGAGAGGCGGUGUCGUCGGGCGAGAAGGGUGGCAAGGCACUCGGGCUGCGGGCGCACGACUCGUUCGGUCGAAACCCACCGGGGACUUUGUCUCCCUCCAACGCCAGGAGUGCGGGUCCGGACCCCAAAUCCUUGAAGGCCUCCCCGAGCGAUGCGUCCAAAGUCCAGGAAGAAGAGAGGACUCCAUCGUUGGCCAAUUUCAAAAGGACAUUGGAAGAAUCCAACUCGGGGCCAGUGGUGAAGAAACCGAGGCGCGUCCUGACCCGAAAUGUUGGCGGGCAGCCCGAAAGCCUCUCUUCCACCCCACAGCAUAAAAUCACCAACAGGCUGGCCAUGCGCCGAAGUGUACGAGGACAGAAAAAAUUGGGGGGGAUAGAUAACCCUUUAUUCCACCAAACUAGGAAAGCUUUGUGUGUUUGCUGAAUCUUCUCCGUCUCGUCCAGAAAUCCAACCCAACUUGGAGAUUUGCAGGGAAUUUGAAGCUGCAGUUCCAUUCUCUGCUCCCUUUAUUGAGAGAGAGAGAGAGAGAGAGAAAAUCAUCAUUAUUUUUUAAUGUCGAAGAAGGCGGGUUAAUUUAAACAGCUUUAUCCCAACCUUCUGACUCCCCUCCCUCCCCCCCAAUUGUCAUAUAACUGUGAAUUUUGUAGGCAUCCUUAGAAGGAUAAAGAGGUUGGUGUAAAAAAAAAUAUAUAUAUAUACGUAAAUUGAUAUUCCUUCAUACAACUCAUAGUUUCCUUCCCUGGGUACACUUGCAUUGAUUGUUACAACAAAGGUAAAAUAACAACACAAUAUAAAAUUUGCGUUGGGAAGCUGUUUUAUUUUUUAUUUUUAAAAUAUAGUUUGGAGUGCGGGGGGGGGAGUUAAUUUAGUACAAAUUAACGGAUUUGUAUAGCCUUCCUGUGACGACCUCACAACUUUUUAACAAAAGUAAAUUAUUAAAAACAGAAUGGAAGAUACGUAUUUUCGUAGUACUUAAUAAUGUUUUGCCUGGAAUGCGCUCUAUUAGAGAAUAUAAUAGUAGGUCUAUUUUCUUCCUUUUUAUUAACUUUUAGAUUUUCUCUAUUCAGAAUGAAAUGUACGCUGAAAAGAUGUUGAGCCUUUAUAAACAGCUAUAUGCUGGGUUCUUGUGUUUUAAUUAAUUAAUUAAAAUACUAUGCAGUACUUUAGGUCUGGCUGUAUUUGCAUUUGGUUUUUCAUUGUUUGUUUGUUUGUUAAGAUGAAGGGCCAGUAUUUUAGCUAAAAAAAAGAGAAGUUUUUUCUCCAUCAAUUCUUGGACUCCCAAUUCCUGGGGGCUGCUUUUCGAAGUUCUCUUGGUGAUAUACUUGGAAUUAUGAUACAUUCCUUUGUGGACGCAUGAGAUAUUUUACUAUUCUAACCAUUGAUGGCGCACUUAAGGGUGGCCACCAGAGGUUUUCUUUUUUUUAAGUUAUUGGGUUAGUUUUCUAGUUUGCAUAUGUUGUCAUUGUAUACCUACAAUAAAAUAAAAUUGCUAAAAACCUG